GUGUUGUCUCCUCACUCAUGCUCCUCUUCCUCCUGCAGCUGGUGGAGACGUCUCUGAAGGGCGAGAUCACCUACGACCCGUGCUGCGCCUACUACCUGUGGUUCGUCAUGGACUUCUGCGACGGUGGCGACAUGAACGCCUACCUGCUGUCGCGCAAACCCAGCCGCAAGACCAACACCAGCUUCAUGCUGCAGCUGGGCAGCGCGCUCGCCUUCCUGCACCGAAACCAGAUCAUCCACCGCGACCUCAAGCCCGACAACAUCCUCAUCUCGCAGGCCUGCACGCCGGCUGGGAACAGCGAACCCACGCUCAAAGUGGCCGACUUCGGGCUGAGCAAAGUGUGCUCCGCGUCCGGGUUGAACCCCGAGGAGCCGGCCAGCGUCAACAAGUGCUUCCUGUCCACGGCGUGCGGCACGGACUUCUACAUGGCCCCCGAAGUGUGGGAGGGACACUACACGGCGAAAGCGGAUAUCUUCGCUCUGGGCAUCAUAAUCUGGGCGAUGGUGGAGCGCAUCACCUUCGUGGACGUGGAGACGCAGAAGGAGUUGUUAGGGACUUACGUUCAGCAGGGGUCGGAGAUCGUUCCGCUUGGCGAGGCGCUGCUGGAGAACCCCAAGAUGGAGCUGCUGAUCCCGGCCAGGAAGAAGAGCAUGAACACACACAUGAAGCAGCUUAUCAGGGACAUGCUGUCGGCGAACCCUCAGGAGCGACCGGACGCCUUCGAGCUGGAGCUCCGGCUGGUGCGCAUCGCCUGCAGAGAGCUGGACUGGGACACGUGACGAGGCACGGGAGAAACAACUGGAUCUCAAACCCGGGGAUUAUUGGUUUCAUUGGAACAAGGGAAGAAUAAUUAGUUGUUGGGUCAGGUGGAUUUGUCUGUUGAAGGAACAGAUCGACAAUCUGGGUGUAAUGGGUAAACUGUAAAUGUAAAACAGCUUCCACAAAUUAGAAAACAUAUUCUUUAACUCAAAGAAAUGUAUAGAAAAUAUAAAACUGACCUAAAAAUGUACAUGCGCUCAUUUUGAAA